GGUCCCCAGGGUGUCCUGUUCCAUAUCUAUAGGUGGAGGUGAUUCAAGGUGUAGGGUGGUGUUGUGUUUUUUUUCUUGUGGGGGGGCUUUUUUCUUUCACUUUUUGGGGGGGAAGGUGAAAGUUUUUUUGUUUAUUUGGUUUUUAUUUUGUUUUGUAUAUAUCCUUUUUGGUUGUUUUUUUUGACACUUUGUAACCAUCAUGACUGCUGCUUCCCCGGAUUACCUGGUGGUGCUGUUCACUACCACUGCGGGUGCAAACUGUGCUAAACUGGGCUCAGAUGAGAAAGAAGUCAUCCAGCUGUUGUGGAAAGUGAUAGAUUUGGCUAACCAGAAGGUGGGGGAGCUGCACGACGUUAAGGUCAGACCUGAUCACCUGGACCUGACAGAAGAAUGCAAAGAAGCCACAAAGAUGGAGGCAGAGAGCCUGUACUUGGCCCCACAGCUAGAACAGGCUCUGCAACAGUUUAACCAGUCAGUAGGCAAUGAGAUAAACAUUGGUGUGGGGACCUCUUUCUGCCUGUGCACCGACGGACAGCUUCAUAUCAGACAAGUGUUACACCCGGAAGCAUCUAAAAAGAAUAUACUUCUUCCUGAAUGCUUCUAUUCCUUUUUUGACUUGAGAAAAGAAUUUAAGAAAUGCUGUCCAGGAUCAAGUGAGACGGGUGAGCUGGAUGUCGCUGCAAUGGAGAGUUAUUUGGGUCUUGAAAAACAAAAUACGCAGAUACCCCAUGGAGCUUCAGAAGUGUCUGCUAUGGGAGAUAUCAUCGUGACAUUAAUGUCAGAACCGUACAAUCAUAAAUUUACAGAUCCUGAAAGAGUAAACUACAAAUUUGAGUCUGGCACUUGCAGUAAGCUGGAGAUAAUCGAUGAUAACACAAUUAUCCGAGCUAGAGGUUUACCAUGGCAGUCGUCUGAUCAAGAUAUCGCCCGUUUCUUCAAGGGCUUAAAUAUUGCAAAGGGUGGAGCGGCCCUCUGUCUCAAUGCUCAGGGAAGAAGGAACGGAGAAGCUCUGGUCAGAUUCAUUACUGAAGAGCACAGAGAUCUGGCUUUGCAAAGACACAAACAUCACAUGGGGAAUAGAUACAUUGAGGUGUAUAAGGCAACCGGUGAAGAUUUUCUGAAAAUAGCUGGAGGUACCUCCAAUGAGGUUGCGCAGUUUUUGUCCAAAGAGAACCAGGUGAUUGUGCGCAUGCGGGGGCUCCCCUUCACCGCAACGGCUGAGGAGGUGCUGACGUUCUUUGGUCAACACUGCCCCGUUACCGGAGGCAAGGAAGGAAUUCUGUUUGUCACCUACCCUGACGGCAGGCCGACAGGAGACGCCUUUGUCUUAUUUGCCUGUGAAGAAUAUGCACAGAAUGCUUUGAAGAAGCACAAGGACUUGCUUGGCAAGCGAUACAUUGAGCUGUUUAGGAGCACAGCAGCAGAGGUGCAGCAGGUUCUGAACAGAUACUCGUCUACUCCUCUCAUUCCGCUCCCAACACCUCCAAUAAUUCCUGUACUACCUCAGCCAUUCAUUCCUCCAGUCAACGUCAGAGACUGCAUACGUCUUAGAGGGCUUCCAUAUGCUGCCACCAUUGAGGAUAUCUUGGAGUUUUUGGGUGAAUUUUCUGCCGAUAUCAGGACGCACGGUGUUCACAUGGUGCUUAACCACCAGGGACGACCAUCAGGAGACUCGUUUAUUCAGAUGAAGUCGGCAGAGAGGGCUUUCUUGGCUGCGCAGAAGUGUCACAAGAAGACCAUGAAGGACAGAUAUGUGGAGGUGUUUCAGUGUUCUGCAGAGGAGAUGAAUUUUGUCUUAAUGGGGGGAACUUUAAAUCGCAAUGGCUUGUCCCCGCCGCCAUGUAAGUUACCAUGUUUAUCUCCACCAUCCUACACAUUCCCAGCACCAACAGCCGUUAUUCCCACCGAUGCCGCUGCCCUCUACCAGCCUUCUUUGCUCUUGAAUCCACGGACUCUGCAGCCAUCAGCGGCAUAUUACCCAGCCGGAGCGCAGCUCUUCAUGAACUACACUGCAUACUAUCCAAGCCCCCCAGGUUCUCCAAGCAAUCUUGGGUUCUUCCCAGCUCCAGCUACCACCAGCACCCUCUCCCCACAUAGUGGAGCCACAGUAGUGCGCAUGCAAGGUCUGGCAUACAAUUCUGGUAUGAAAGAGAUCCUGAACUUCUUCCAAGGUUAUCAGUAUGCCCCAGAAGAGGGACUUCUUCCAGUAAGUGACCAGGCCAGGACAUUAAUCACCCACCCAAAAGAAUGGGUGUGCAUCUAGAGAUCUCCCAUGCCUUUUGUAGAGGAGGAUCUCCUUGACCAGAUUAAUUGCAGAUCUCCACCUUGCUCAACAGGAAGCCCCUGGUUUUUUUUAUUUUAUUUUUUUCCUCCACUUGACCAGGAGUUUGACUGGAUGGAGACUUGGAAACCAUAAUGUGCCCUUAAACUUCUGAAACUUGAACUUUAAUCGAAAGUCAACACAUUCACCAUAAACUGGGUAGAUGGACAGAUCUUCCAAUGUGCAAAGUCCAUUCAUUCCCAAAACGAGAUCAGUCAUUUACCAAUACAUCGUCUCAUCACCACCUAAAGGAAAUGACUUCUGUUUAUACCUGCUAAUGGUAAAUUAUUUCACUGGUCAAGUGGUAAUCCAUUUUUUAUUUUUUAAAUAUUUUGACCUGUCAAGCUACGUAGUGCAAUCCCCUAAGUAUAAGAAAUUUAUAUAUAAUAGAAAUUUAUUUUUGAACUUCUUGUACUUUCCACUGCGGCACCAAAAGUGUUAAGACAGCGGGUGAUUUUUUGUUUUUGUUUUUCCUUUAUUAAAUAAGGGGCUCACUCUGCCUACCAAAUAGCAGGGUUGCCAUACUUUGAGAAGACUGGCUGUCAAUUCUAUAAAUGUGUUCUCUCAAUGUUUCUGAAGCAAGUUUUUUUUUUUUACACCAGUCUUUAACUUUGUAAACCUUUCAGAUGUUAUAAGUAGCCUUUUUAUUUUCUUUAAAAAAGAAAAGCUGAAAAAAAUUAAUUCUAAAAUUCCAUAAAAAUAAGUAAUAAAUUUGUGUGCUGGCAACAUGAAGCAGACGUAUACCUGUGAGGGUUAUUGUACUCACAUGCUGCACUCCUGUCAUUUUUGCUUUUGUCAAACACUGUAUGUUACAUUACCUAUAUAUAUUGUGUAUAUAUAUUUUGAAAAUAGAUUGUGAAAAUUGUUCUAAUACUGCUUAAGUAGCGCUUUAAUUAUUCAUUUACAACUUAAAUAUUUUUUUUUAUUAAAUGCAGUUUCUCAAGUAUAUUCAUGGCUCUUGCACAACAAAAAACCUCCAUUUAUUUCCAUUUAUUGCCGUGUUUAAAUAGUGUCAUGCUAAGCUAUAAUUCUCCCCAGUAAGCCGAAUUCUGUGCUAUGAAUUAAUGCCCUGCUGCAAAAGCAAACACACUUGUUGUGCUACCUUAACCAUUAGCACUAUAAUGUCUUGUACAGAGUGUGCAUCUUUGACCCUAGAAUUAUUAUUUUUAUUAGGUUUUUUUUUUUUGUACUGUCAUCCACUUUAACAAAAAAAAAAAAAUACUAAUAAUUAAGGCAGUCACUGAGCAUUGAUUAACUUAAAAAAAUAUUUGAAAGUAUUGGUAAUUGUCCUGUAAAACAUUCAUGCUAGAAAAAAAUAGUUAACUUUCGAAGGUCUUUGGUUUCGACACAGCAAUGAAUAAAUUGGUGUUGGAAAUAGUGAAAUAUAGGUGAGUUUAUUCCACAGUGCAGAUGUAGUGUAGCCAUAGACUACUUGAAGAGUCUUUACUACGUGCAAUUCUCAGUCUUCAUCUAAUUACUGUUGAGCGAUCAAUCCUGUGUGGAAUCUAAUGAAUUCCUUACUCCCAGUCCCAACUAAAGUUGCCCAUUUAGAAUUUUGACUACCAUUGGCAAUUUCCACUACAUUACUUUUGCCAUGUUUAGUAACUGCACACUCAUAUUCAGAUAAAUAAUGUUUUGCUAUUUGCCAAAUAUCGAUGCGGACUACCAUAAAUAUAUGUAUUUCUUCUGUAGGCCUAAACACUGCUUUUAAAGGUUUGUGGUAGAAAAAGUGGUCUGUUUCUGUUCUGACCUUUUUGCCUACGUCCUUAACUGUUUUGUAACUGCUGUAUUACAUAAACUAAAAAAGCAAAAAAAAUCAGAAUGUCUGAAUAAAAUGUUUACAUGUGCAGAAAAUGUAACUCUUUUCCGUACUUGUCAAGCUACUUAUAUGGCCUUACAGGUCUUUGUAGUUACUAGGAAGAAUUGUUGAUAAAUAUUUUAUGAUUAUUUGACUUAUAUAUAUUUUCUCCCUAUUUUGUACUUAUCUUCUAUCCCUUUUUUUCAGUUGUUUUUGAAUGUCACAAGUUUUUGUCAUGGUUUUUAAUCACUUUUAAUGAAUUUUCCAUACCAGUUCUUUGUGUGACCUGGCAUGCUAACGGUCCUAGUCCAAGUUCUAAUUUUUCCCCUUGUCAGGGUGGUCUCGUAGCUUUCUUGGCAAAGGUUUCAUUGCAGCACACUACUUCGACCGCUUUCUACAGUCCUAGCCAAUUCACAAACUUCUUACAGUCUUUUGUCUACUGAGGACUAGAAACUACACCCAUCAGUGCUAAAAUUAAACAGUCUGCAGUUCUUAGUACAGAAUGCUAAAAAAAAAAAGUUAUGUUUUAUCUACUGUAAGGUUCUGUAAAAUUGUGAUACAAGCUACACUAACUUCUAUUCCCUGGUAGCUGCUGAAUGAAGCACUGACAAUAUGUAUUUAGUGGGAAUCAACAUAUUUAAAGAUGGAUUUGCAAAAUUUGAAAGUGCACUUUAAAUGCCUAAACCUUGACUACAAACCAAAAAGGCAAAUUAAAUGGUGACUAUGCACUAUUUCUUAAUUUAAUGGUAGCAAUCCCAUCUUCUAGACACACAUGCCUCUCUCAAAAUUAGGCCUAUGCAGCUAUAUCCUUCCCACGCAAUGUUUUAAAAAAAGGAUAUCCUUAAGGUGGACCAGUUGCCUACACUCAGUGGAUGCAGCAUUUUGUGAGUGGUUGCCUUCACUGUGGUAAUGAAUGAACGAGUGUGUCCUUGUAAAGAUCAGAUUUGCCAGAUCAAAUCCCGGUCUGAUUUAGUCUGGCAAGUCUGACACAUAAGGCAAUAGGUUGUGAGUAGCCAUCUGCUAUGCACAAAUUAAUGAGGCCUCUUGCUAGCUGAUUAUACAGCUAUAACGACCUAUGCUGCCCAAUCAGCAACAGAUCGGUUUUAUUUGGGCUUCACCAGAAGUUUUGAAGCAAUGGCUGUAGGUGGAGUAACUGGUUAUCCAAUCCCCUAACAGACCAUCAAGCACAUGUUACAUUGUUAUUUUUUUUUGCAACCCAUACGGUGUUUGGUAAACCGGUCUGUUUAUAACUGAUAGUAUACAGCAGUCUUUAGCAAGUAGUGUCAAUAUUUUUAUAUAUUUCCUGCUUAUUCCUUUGCGGCAAAGGGACAUUCUAGAUGCCAGAAAAGCUUGCUGCAAACCUCAAAGAAAUAUCCCCCAAUUAAUUUUUUCCUGAAAAUCCAGUCAUCCUUUCCUAGAUUCUCCACCCCGUUUGCAAUAGUGUAGUCACCACUGUUGACCCUGACGCUGCCUAUUGUAGGCCAGUGCUUUUGGGUUCAAUUUUUUUUUUCUUCCUUUUUGCUCUUUAUCCACUGAAGUGAAGUGCUUUCUACUGUAUCAUUUUGUGAGCUGCAAUGAAAUGUGUAAUAUAUAUAUAUAUAUAUUAGAGAAUUAAUGUGCAUGUUUCUUGAAUGAAAUAAAUGUCAUGUCUAAUUAAAAUAAUAAAAUGUGUUGUGGCAAAAACUGAACUGUCUAUAAAGUUAUCCCAAUUUGUAGAUGGUCAUAAAGAUUUUUUUGUAUGUUGUACUUCAUAAUAAAAGUUAUGUUCCUGUUC